UGAGUUGGGUGAAGACCAAAGACGAAGAAGGUCGACAAGGUUCAAGAGUUUGGUACUUUGGUAUAGGUGCAAAAAUAAUUUCAACUGGGCAGUCUCCGCAAUUUCCGAAUAACCACUGUAAUCUUAUCAAAACCUUUUUGCUUUAUCCUUUUGUUCCGCAUGCCCUUCAAUGCCUUCUCGACUCUCUGUCGAAGAAAGGGCUAUCCCAGUCCUUCCCGGGUAAAUCUCAACCACUGCCGAUCUCACUCUUCCACAUCGCGUGUCUCCAGUUGAUUGGGCUCCAUCCAAUCACAUCGGCGAAUUUAUGUCCGACCUUCUCUAAACUGUAUUAUACUUGGGAAAUCCUAUAGCGGAUCUCUUGUUAUUACUCCCUGCUAUAGGUGGAGAUCCUAUGGUGUAAAAUCUAGAGAGAAAGUGGAGUCGGCUUCUCAUUGUUAGGGUUAAGGGUUAGAUUUUUUUUUUUUUUUGUUUCUCCACGUUGAUCCUCCUAAACAAACGAACAGAAAAGAUGGAAGGCGAGGCUGGCGAGUUUCAAGACUGGGAGGUGCUCCACAACUCGGAGACUGUACUCGUUAACCCUGACGGUGCUGGUCUGAUUGAUUCGACCGAGUCGGAUGAGAUUCUGAGGAAUUUUGAGGGAAUCGAGGGUGACUCGGAGGGCAUGAUCAGGUCCGAUUACUUCUCCCUUGAGAAUCAGGAGAGGUAUGCCAAGAACGCUUCAGAGGUUGAUUCAAGCGAGGUUGAAUCGGACAAUCCGAGUUGGAUUGAUCCCGGGUCUGAGACACGAUACGCGAUUAAAAACUCUGGCGAGUUCUGGUCUGAUUCGAGCAGCGAUCGUUCCGAUGAACGUAAGCUUGGUGAUUUCGAUGCUAAACAUGAACUGGGCUUGGCAGAAACUGCGAAAAGCCAAGUGGGUUUAGAAGGAAUUGAAGAAAUGAAAGCCAAGAAUGAAAACUUGGGUAAGUUGGGCACCGAUGAGAGUAAAUUUAAUAACUUUGAUGUGAAACAUGAAUUGGGUUCAGCGGAAAACAUCAAACCCCAACUGGGUUUUGAAGAAUUCGGAGAAAUUCAAACCCAGGAUAAGUAUUCUAGCAACUUCUGGUCGGAUUCUGGCGGAGAGGCUUUGGUGUCGAUAAAAUUCGGGGAUGAUAGUGAGGAUAAACGAGACGAGUCGGAGAUUUCGGGUGAUCUGGGAGGUGGACAUAGCUCGAUCGAGAACAAAGCUGAUGCGGUUGCAGAAAUAAAAUCGGACGCGAAAUUGAGCGGUGAGGGAGAGAGGAGGAGGAUAGUUUGGUGGAAGGUUCCUCUUGAGAUCUUGAAGUAUUAUGCUUUUAGAGUUAGCCCCGUCUGGUCCUUCUCCGUGGCGGCAGCAGUGAUGGGGUUCGUGUUCUUGGGACGGAGACUGUAUAAGAUGAAGAGGAAGAGCCAGACCUUGCAGCUGAAGGUCACUGUUGAUGAUAAGGUGUCGCAGUUCAUGACCCGUGCAGCUCGUCUUAAUGAAGCCUUUUCUGUGGUGAGGCGGGUCCCCAUUAUACGACCGUCGCUGCCAGCCGGUGGCGUGACUCCUUGGCCUGUGAUGAGUUUGAGAUGAACUCUUGUAAAAUAGACAGGAAAAGAACCCAGCAUCGACCAUGAUGAUACAUAAGAUUUAUAUAUUGCUAUGUAUGAAACAAUGUGAAUCCACUUUCCUUUUAUGUAAUAUCCCUGAAGUUAUUUAGACAUUCCUGCAUCAAUUCGAGUACAAGUGCAAGCUACUAUUAUUUCUU